AUGCCGUCUCCUGUGUCUGCGAGUGGCUCCGUGGCUCCAGAUCAAUCACCUACCGGUUCCCAACUUGGCAUUCAAAAUGGCUCUGGUGGGUCUGAUACUGGAGCUGGAGUAGACUCCGCCGGAUUAGGGGUGCAACCAUCGACCAACGGCCAGGCAAACGAUAUAACUGAGGAUGGCAAGCAGAAUGUCAAAUCAACGUUGCCAACGUCCGGUGCGUCUGCGGAUUCUGCCGGUGAUGCCCAUGGCACGCCCCAAUCAAAUGGUACCACUAGUUCCGCGCAGAGUCGAAAACGGUCUCGCGACGGAUCUGUUAUUCAGCCCAGUGAUGUCACGGGGGAAAUGGUUGUCAGGACACGCGAAACUCCCGUAGAGAAGAUUUUGCUAGAAAACUAUGUCAACCGGGAGUUUGAGUAUUCAGCUGCGACUGCUUGGCAUAAUCCAAGCCAAGAGCUUCAACGAGAGAAACGAGCUGAGCGUGAUUUCUACCUCCAACUACGACGCGAGAACCAAACAAACCCAGCCGCAUUGUUUGGUGUAGGUUAUGAAGGAUUUGGAAACCCACGCACGGAUUUGCGAAACCAUGCGCCCCAGCUCUUGUACCCAUCCAAUCGGCGCCGGCCCGGAAAUCGAAAGACCAGGGAGUUGCGAGUUCCACGCCGGGACAUGAAGGUGCAAAAUGAGCAGAUAGAGGAUUUAGUACCCAUUCGUCUGGACAUUGACUGGGAGAAGGUCAAGAUCCGCGAUACCUUUACUUGGAACCUACACGAUCGUGUUGUUUCACCCGAUCUUUUUGCUGAGAAGCUAGUUGAAGAUCUUGGCCUUGCUUUGGAAACAUCUGCUCCUCUGUUGCGUCAGAUUUCCCAGAACAUCCAGGAGCAAUUGAUGGACUAUUACCCACAAAUUUACAUGCACGAGGAGGCCCUCGACCCACAACUUCCCUACACUGCCUACCGAAAUGAUGAGAUGCGAAUCUUGAUCAAGCUGAACAUUACCAUCGGUCAACAUACCCUUAUUGAUCAAUUUGAAUGGGACAUCAAUGACCCGCAAAAUUCCCCCGAAGAGUUUGCACUCCAUAUGACCAAUGACCUUUCUCUCUCUGGCGAAUUUACCACCGCUAUCGCCCACUCCAUUCGAGAGCAAUCUCAGCUAUUCACUAAGUCGCUCUACAUUGUCGCUCAUCCAUUCGAUGGCCGCCCUAUCGAAGAUCCUGAUCUUAGCGCCUCCUUCCUCCAAACACCUGUAUCCUCAGCGUUCCGACCCUACCAAGCUGCUAAGGAACAUACGCCUUAUCUUUAUGAAUUGAACGAGGCAGAUCUCGAAAGAACCGAAAUAUCCAUCUCUCGGGAGCAGCGUCGCCAGAAACGGUCCAUAAAUCGUCGUGGUGGCCCUGCUCUACCGGAUCUAAAGGAUCGCCAACGAACGAUUAGGACAUUGAUUGUUUCGACGGUCAUUCCGAACUCGGCAACAUCUAUGGAAGAAAGUAAUGUGAUCAAACGUACAGGUUCUAGCCGUCGUCGCGGAGUAGUUGGACAACGGGAUGAUGAAUCUGAUGACUUUGAAAGUGAUGACUCGGAUGAAGGCUCACCGGCUAUUGGGCCACACUUGUCUCAGGGCACCGCUCGUACAAGGGGUAUGAGAGGAGCUGCUAAGGAGGCCCAUGCGGCUCUUCGUGCUGGUUUGGGACAGUCCGAAACUCCAGAGCCGAUACUACACGAACCUCGGGCAUCUUCUCGACGACAACAGUAUCGAGAAGAGAGUAUAGAAGAGCCAGAAAAGUUGGUUCUGAGGCUCAAAUUACCACGAGACAAAUUACUUUCUCUACGAAACGGACAACGAAUUGCCUCUGCAGCUCAAUAUUCUGCACCAGCCAGCUCUAUGCAGCCGAGCCCUAUGGCACCUCCUUCCGAUAAGCAAGGGCGACCCCUUGGACAAAAUCCCCCUCGACCUCAGCAAACUGGCGCUGUCGACGCGCCAAAUCCUCCUCAGCACGGUGUUCCCGGUCCCCCACCUCCCAGCUGGCUCGUGGCCGGCCUCCAAGGGCUUAAACAGGCCCACCCAAAUGACUCAUUUGAGGGCGUGAUGCGUUAUUCCGCUGUCGACAUGGAAACUUUAGUUCCCGUAACAAAUACCAACAACCUACAGCCAGGGCAGAAAAUCAAAUAUCAAUAUUUACCUCGAAUCCGCUGCCAUGACUGCCCUGGCAAGCUGUAUACACCGGGUCCUGGCAUGACAGUCGACAACUUUGAGGUUCAUCUUCGAAACCGGCAACACAAAGAACGUGUCGAAGAACGUAUUUCGAAGGCUGGCAACACCCCAGCCAACCCUAACCUUGGCAACGCUAGCCCUGCCCCUGGGGCUCAAACCUCUGCUAGUGCGAGCCCUGCCCUUGGCGUGAUGGCGAACCCUAUUGCGUCGCCAUCUCCUGCCAACGUGCCCUAG